UUCACAUUUCUGAUUUGUAUAAUGUCGGAUUUCUCAGAUAGCGAUGCAGAAAUUGAUAUAAUAGAUGAGAAUUUUGCUUCCGCAGCAGACCACGUCCAAAGCAUACACACUACACUAUUACCAAACGACUUAUUGGAAUUGUACGGAUAUUAUAAGCAGGCAACAAUUGGUCAAUGCAAUGCAGAAAAACCAAGCAUCUUUAAUAUGCAAGGUAGAGCUAAGUGGAAUGCUUGGAAUGAACUAGGUAAUAUGAGCACUGCAAUUGCGAAAAAUUUAUAUAUUGAAAAGGUGAAACAACUUGAUCCACUUUGGCAGCCAAAGUUAAUAAGUGCACAGAAAUAUAAACCUGCCUUUAGUUGGGUAGUUCAUUCUACUGAGCUACCGCCGAAUGAUGUAGCACAAAAAGCUGAACAUGAAAAAGAUGCUUUUGACUUUGUUAAAGAAGCCAAUAUCGCAGGUUUGCAAAUGAACCUGAAGGUUGCACAACUGAGUGACUUAGACGAAAAUGGCAUGGGUUUGAUCCACUGGGCAGCAGAUCGCAAUGCAUUCGACAUUUUACUUUUCCUACUCAAUUCCGGUGCUAAUGUAGAUUUACGUGAUGGUGAAGAACAGACUGCGUUACAUUAUGCUGCUAGUUGUGGUCACAUUGAUUGUAUACGUGUCUUACUAUCAUUUAAUGCAAAUAGUAAACUUUUGGAUAAAAAUGGUGAAACGUGUUUAGAUGUUGCUGACAAUGAUGAUAUUCGUAUGCUGUUGUCCUCAUAACAAAUACAAUUUUUAUCUUACCUUUUUUAAUACAGAUCUUGUAGUGGUUGUUAAUACUGUUAUAGUAAUUUAAUUUUUAAUAUUAAAUAAAAUUCGAUU